AUGCUGCCGCUCUGCCUUGCUAUCCUCGGCCUAAUUUCCAGCUCUCCCUGCACCGCUGCCCCACCGAGGGACUAUGUUUCUGACCUGCAGUCAGUUUUGACUACGUCCACCAGAAACAAGCUGCUGCUGAUCUCCUUUGACGGCUUCCGUUGGGACUACGACCGAGACGUUGAAACCCCUAACCUGGAUAAGAUGGCUCAGGACGGGGUGAAGGCAGCCUACGUUACUCCAGCCUUCCUCACCAUUACCAGCCCUUCUCAUUUCACAAUGCUGACAGGACGGCACAUUGAGAAUCACGGAGUGAUCCACAACAUGUGGUUCAACACCACCACUCAGGAGAAGAAGCAGUACUACAUGACUCAGUUUGUUGAUUCCUACUGGGACAAUGGCAGCUUACCCAUCUGGAUAACAGCACAGAGACAGGGGCUGAAAGCAGGCUCUCUGCAUUUCCCUGGCACAGCAGCCACCUACAAAGGAGAGACGGUGAGGGUGAGGCAAGUGGAACCUCGUUUCUACGAUCAUUCCAACGAGACAGAAUGGAGGCUGAACAUUGACAAGGUGAUUGGAAACUGGUUCCACCAACAGGACCUGGACUUUGUUUCUCUGUACUUUGGAGAACCAGAUAUAGCCGGGCACUCACAUGGACCAGAUUCACCAGAACGGCGGGAGAUGGUGCGGCAAGUGGAUCGUACUAUAGGCUACAUCCGGGACAAGAUCCAAGAGCAUGGCCUCACAGACCGGCUCAACAUUAUCAUUACUGCUGACCACGGUAUGAGUACAGUUCUGCGAGGUGGACUAGUUGAGGAGAUCAUCCUCUCUAAGAUCCCUGGCUUCAGCUUCAGAGACAUCCAGUUCCAACUCUUGGAUUAUGGUCCUGUUGGAAUGCUGCUUCCUAAAGAAGGGAAGCUGGAGAAGGUGUACCAAGCUCUGAAAGGAAGCCACCCUCACCUCCAUGUGUAUAAAAAGGAGGAGGUGCCAGCUAGACUGCACUACAGCAACCAUCCUCGACUCCCGCCCAUCAUCCUCAUUGCCGACCCUGGAUACAUCGUCAAUGGGCUUUUACCUCUUAACAAGCACAAAGGAGAUCACGGCUUUGACAAUGAGAACAUGGACAUGAAAGCCUUCUUCAGGGCAGUGGGGCCUGACUUCCAGAAGAAUGUGAUGGUGGAUCCCUUUGACAUGGUUGAUGUGUACCCACUGAUGUGCCAUCUACUGGGAAUAAACCCAGAGAUCAACGAUGGACACUUGAACAGCACCAAAUACAUGCUGUUACCCAAGGAAGAGACAGGAGGAGACAAUGAUACUCCAGAGAAGAAUACUCAGACGAAGGUGGUGAUUGGCUUGUCAGCAGUGACGGGGUUUCUUGUGCUUGUGUUUGUCAUUACCACUUCUUACAACAUGUGCAGAAGCACUAAAGCAUAA